UUCCCAACGCCUAUCGAGCAAAAAGUGCCACAUCGAAAAACGCGGUAGCCUCUAAGUGCUGGCCAGUGGUCACUGUAUUACGCGACUUUCAAUGGCAACCUCAUGGAAUAUAACUCUGAAUGAUACGAGCCCAGUAUUUACGUAUUAUCCUUACUAUGAUGGUUUUGGAACGGGAAAUGGCUGGCAAAUCUGGUACUCGGAGACUGGAUAUAAUACGGCAUUCGCGAAUCCAGGAGUUGGCAUUUCAGCACAUAUCACCUCGCUGCCAGGUGCUAAUGUUACCUUGACAUUUUAUGGCACAGGGAUAGAACUCCAUGGAGCAGCAAAUUGCACAUUCGAUGUCACGGUAGACGGAAUUUUCUCCCCAUCCCUCAGCUCUUCCAGUGAUGUCCUGUACUCUUCGCAAACGCUGUCGGAAGGAACGCACACGUUCACUCUGACUGCCCACCCAACUUCAGGAGAGCAACUUGCAUUUGAAAAUGCUGUAAUUUAUAUUGAACAAGCAGUCCCCCAAAUGGCAUCAUAUAGUAAUACGAACACCACGUUCCUCGACUAUACCGGGAACUGGUCUGUUAGCACAGAUACACAUGUCCCUGGAAGCUUCUUCCAUUUUACGGAAACCACGGGUUCAAGUGUGUCUACCACAUUCGGAGGGUCAUCUGCAGUGGUCCUACAAGGUAUUGUAAAUUGGGGUAAUUGGCAAUACACAGUGUCUCUAAAUGGUACCCAAUCCGUACUCAACGCAAGCAGCUUCUGGUUCAUUCCGGAUACUACCUUGUUCUAUGAAGGGGGCCUAGAUCCAACACAAAAUUAUGUUUUAAAUAUUGCCGAUACAAGUGAAGAUGGCAACAAGUUUGCAAUAAACUCCGUGAAACUCUACCAGCCCCAGCCGACCACACUGUCAUCGUCAUCGAAGCACUCAAAUACAGGCGAGAUAGUUGGCGCCAUCGUAGGAGUGGUCGUCUUGCUUGCCUUAGUCGUCGGUUUCCUCUUCUGGCGACGUUCACGACGCCUUAAAACAGCAAUUUUGAGACGAGAUUCCAACUUACUAGCAAACGAAAUUCUUCCUAGGGCUCAUGCUCCGCAGUUCCCCGCACUCGCUACGCCAUACACUAUUUCAAGCGCCACCGCCAAUAUUCGUCCGGAAAAAUUCCCAUUGAUACCAAUCGGCAGAAGUAUUGGUGUCAAUGGUACACUGCGUGAAAGGGCACAUGCACGUGGUCCUGGAUCUGUCACAAGUUCUUCAGGCCCAUACAGCGAAGCCAGUAAUAAUACGGGUGGUUCUCUGUCUUCUAGUGCCCGUGGUCGGCAGCGUCCUUUGCCAACUCCACCGGUCAGUGUUUCUUCUCCUGCACUUUCUGCGGGGGAGGAGUACUAUUCUCCGAGGCCAUCAAGGCUGGAGCCGCCUGGACAGAUACCAGACUCAGAAGUGGACAGAAUACUAGAAAUUAUUGCUUCGCGUAUAGACAUGCCCGAAAGAAACCUUUCUUCUCCUCCACCCCAGUACCGAAGUUGACUCGGUUAGUCUUAUUGUUCACAUAUGCAGGGGCAUGAAUACGUCCAAACACAUGCCCUUUUUUUGCUUCAAGACGCUUAGAUUAAGACUGGUCUGUAAUCGUCUACGUCAAAUAUAUCUUGUGUCGUGAUGCCAUGAAGAAAGCGUGGCUAUUGCAGGUAUCGAACGGUAAUGAGAAUGAAGAAAGAG